AGUUACCCGGCGAUGAUCACAGCAUCUCUGCCUAGCAGGUACCGCAGCCCUCGGUGGGUGUCUGCUGCUGUCUGCUGGUGUUGGACCAAACGCACCAAAUUUUCAAUCCAACCACCCUUUUCCCAUCCAGAUCUAUCCAGGGCAAUCACAGCGUCGCUGGAAGACGGGCGGCACAUCCCACUGGUGGUGUUUGGCCACAUGCACCGCGACCUCUUCCCCUUCAACUACCGCUCCCGCUCCAACCGCCCCAGCACCCUGCACAGUGCCCCCACGUGGCAAGGGGAGGCUGUCACCCAGCGCCGCAUGGCAGCAGUGCUGCUGCACCCUCAUUCCCCACCUCUCCCCUCAUCUGCUGCUUCCCCUCCAGCCACUGCCACUCCGCCUGCUGCACAGCCUACCAUCGCUGCCCCAGCCACACUUGCUAUGUCUGCUGCUGAUACUACUACUCAUGCUCCCUCCACCAAUUAUGCCAGCACCUAUGCCAGCAACCAAGCCAGCAGCCACACAGUGUUUCUCAAUUCUGCAGUCGUGCCUCGAAUAGUCUCUCUUGACGAGGAGCAUUUCACCCAAACCUCUGGGCCAGGCUUGGCAGUGUACCCGGCUCUUGGUUCGGAGCCGCUCGACGCAACCCCAGGGCUAUUUCUGCCGUACCUGAAAGGAGUGGAAGGGAGAGGAGGCGGUGGGUCAGAGGGUAUAGAGAGAGGCGUCUGCAGAGGCAUGGAGGGGUUAAGGAUGGGUGAUGCAAGGGAUGGCAAUGGAGAGGGGGAGGCGCAGGUGCCGGUGCAAACAGGGUGUGUGACAGAUGACACCUCACUUGCUGAUAUGCUAUUACAACGAGUGGUGGCUAGUGUGAGGGGUGACGAUGGGGAGGGGCGUGGCGAGGGGCAUGUGGUUGGGGAGGGGUGUGGGGAAAUGUGCGGUGGAGACGGGGGAGCGGAAAGAAGAAAAGCAGCAGAAGCAGUGGUGUGGGAAGAUGAGGUGCGGUGGGAUGGGGUGGAUGGUGUAGCGGUGGGAGAAGUGAUGGGGGAAAGGGAUGCGGGUGCAGCCCCGUCGCUGCACCACUUUGUGCUGGCACACCUGGCAGUGCAGGGACCAUUAGAGCAGGGGCAGGUGGGACUGGGGCAAGUCGGGCAGGGACAGGCAGGGCAGGGUCCAGUGGGGCAGGAACCUGUGCUGCCUUCGUUGGGUGACUCGGUGGUGGCAGCUGCUGGUGACGGUGGCAGGGAAGGGCAGUGUGUGGGCGGUGGGGAGGGCCGGUGGGUGUGUGUGGGGGCAGAGGACGUGUGGGUGAAGGUGGAUGAGCGGACGAGUGGUGGGGGGAGUAGGGGGAUGGUGGCAUGCUUGCACAGGAAAGACAGGAGGUGA